AUGCCCAUCUUUAUUUGCCCAUACUGUCAUAGCUCGAAGCCUACCCGACAAGGUCUUCAUUCCCAUAUCACCCAGACUCCACUUUGCCGGUGUGCAUGCAAUCGCAAAGCCGCAAACACUUUGCCUGUGACACCUCCACCAAACGAUGAGGAUUCUGCAGACAACGACAUCAGGAGGGCGGCCGAGGAUGUGACACUGCAACUGGACACUAACCGUACACUGAGUCCCCCACCGCUUUUUGAUCCACUGCAUGCUUCUGCCACUCUCACAUCAGAGGCGGCGGCCUCGUCAGAGUUGCAAGAAGACCGCAAUGCUAAUGACAAUCAUGCUCAGCCAUCAAGACGUGUGUGCAUUGAGGAAGUGGAGGAUGAGGACGCAGGAGGCAUGCCGAAGAAGCCUUGGCUCGGUGAAUACCCAGAUGAAGCCGGAACAACGCACAGUACUGCAGAGACAGUAUUUGAGAAGCUUCGCAAGCAAAAGACGUCGUCAGGAGAGAGUUCCUGGGCACCAUUUGAAUCUGAGGAGGAGUGGGCACUGGCUCGGUGGUUGAUGACCAGCGGCCUCAGUCAGAAGGCCAUUGACAAGUACCUACAAUUAGAAAUUACGCGUGCACGCUCACGGCUGUCAUUCAAAAAUAAGUAUGCAUUCUUUCAAAAGAUUGACAUGCUUCCCCGUGGACCUAAAUGGGAAUGUGAACUGUUCGAGGCAGUGGGCGACGAGCUCGACAAUGAAAACAAACCUUACACAGAGGUCCUAGAACUCUGGAGGCGUAAUCCUGUGGAGUGUAUUCAAGAGCUCAUUGGCAAUCCCACGUUUCAAGAACUUCUUCACUACACACCGGAGCAACUGUAUGCAGAUGAGGAGUAUCAGAACCGAAUCUACGGUAACAUGUGGACCGGUGACUGGUGGUGGGAGACGCAGCAGCGACUGCCUCCAGGUGCCAGUAUUGCACCUGUCAUCCUUGCAUCGGACAAAACAUCCCUGUCCCAAUUCAGCGGUGACAAGUCAGCAUGGCCAGUAUAUCUCAGCAUUGGAAAUAUUGAAAAAUCUAUGCGCCGCAAGCCUUCCGAGCAUGCAACAGUCCUUAUCGGAUAUAUCCCAGUUUCGAAAUUGAAGUGCUUUUCGAAAGCUCGACGCAGCAUCGAGGGUCACAGGCUCUUCCAUGCGUGCAUGACAUCUCUGCUGCAACCACUGGUGAAAGCCGGUCAGGAUGGCAUUGACAUGGUGUGCGCUGACGGAUUCAUUCGCUGA